AUGGAUGAAAAUUACGGAACAGCCGAACAGUCAUCAGCUAAAGGACAAGAAGUAAUGGUGAUAAGUACACGAGAUGCUAUACCGAAAGAUGAUCCGAAUGAAAAUGUCAAUCCGGAAGGUGUUUUUAAGCCACGUUGGGGACCACAUCAUAGUGGUGCGAAGAAAUUAGCUGCUCUUUAUAGUCGUGAAAAGCGAUUUCAAGAAAUCAUUUCAACCGGAUUGGGUAUUACGGAAUUGUUCAUUGUUGUAUGUUUAUUGGUAUGGCGAUUUGAAAUAUCUACUCUGCCUUUCGUACUAUUCUUUGGAAUUUUGGGCAUUUUAACAGCUGAUUUUUCAUCCGGUUUGGUGCAUUGGGCUGCUGAUUCCUUCGGCACCGUCGAUACAUUCAUCGGCAAGGUCGUUUUUCUUUUCAAUAAAUUUUAA